AUGGAUGCUGUGCAAUCAAUGGCGAUUACUUCAGGUAGAGCCAUCAAGGAAGAAUCAGAGGACGAGGAUUGGGACCGGAUCAUCGGCGUUGCGGAACCGGAGCAAGUUUUGUCCAGUUCUAGUAGGUGCAGCACCCUCCGUGAUGAUGCUCGUGAAUCCCAACGACAACAGAAAAUGGCAGCCACACCCAAAUCAAAAAGAAGUGCUACCCAAAAUCAAAGAAAUGAUAAGAACAAGAGACCACCCGCGUUUAAGAAUAUCAUCGUUGGUGCAAGCCACAAAUUGAAGAAGGCCGGGAAGCUCUACCAAGAACGGACCGGAUCCUCGCUGUGGAGUAAGCGGGAAAAGAUUUGCCUAGCUUGGUACUUGAGAGGAAAAUGCAACUCUGAUUGCAAAAAAUGCCAGAAAAAACGUGGACGUGAGAGACUGCGGCUUGCUGAUGUCCGAGAGUUAGAAGAGUUAUUAGCUCCUGUGACAAGUCCUGAUGGGCCCAUCUUUGGAAUUAAGAAUCCAAGGAGCACUGGAAACAUGGAACGAUCUCAGGAGGAGGAUGACGACGACAACGAAGAAGAAGAGACAUCGGACGCUACUGACGAAACUGAAAGCACCGACAACGACGACGGCAACAAACACAUUCGCUUUGGUUCCGGCGAAGAUGAUCACGAGGAAGAAUUUCUGCCUCUCCCGCUCAAGAAGCAAGCCCAAGCACCGUAUCCUCCUGGACUUUUAGUCAAGAUUUGCUCCUACAAGAAAGAUGGCCGCAUCUCAGGGAUCACUCAAGGAAGAAUCAUAGAGGUGGGUAUCAACCUGGAAGAUGGUGGCAACCGAGAAAACCUAUACAAGGUCCAAGACCUGGCGGGAGGCAACACCCAACAUUUUAGGGCCGAUGAACUCAUCCUAGCUCUUGGGACCCUCGUGCACGUGAGAAGAACCAGCGGAGACGAAAUCAAUGUUUCAAGGGGAGCUCUGAUCGUGGGGUCGGAGCACAUGCCAGCAGUCCCUCUCCCCCAAAGCCUUCGAUACUCCAUCCAGCUACAAGAUGAGACAAGACAGGUCUUCCAUGGCAUUCUCCCAAGUGAGGUGGUGGUGAGGCCCACUGAAGUUGAAAGAAGUACGGAAAAGAGUCACGCUGGUGCUCAUACCCAUGCCCAUUCUCGGACGUCAAGUACCGAAUCGGUUACUGAGCAAUCCCAUCUUGGCAGGGUUGCUACUGCGGGCACCUCAUCAGUCCACAACCUGAAGAAACGAAAGCGUAAAUCAUCACACAGCCACCAUCGCGCUCAUAGAAAAGGAAAGAACGGGCGUCGUUAA